GGCUCUCUCCCCCCUUACCUGUUGUUUUCCCUUGAACUCUUUUUCGCCCUUCUUCUCGCAAGGAGGAGGUCACUGUCCUGACUUACCCUCACACUCAUUUGGGAAGCUGGACUGUUAGGAGUGACUUUCGCUGUUCCAUUGAUUGUGCCUGCCAGCACGGGCUCACAUCCUCUCGCUGCAGCCACACAGAAAAAACCCCAUCGCUCUUCGCUCGUUUCACUAAUCACCAAAAUCGCCCGUGUUGAUCAUCACUCGCUCCAAUCACUCGGUUCCUAUCUUUAUAGCCCUUCCGUCGGGGUCUCACAACUCUCCAGACUGUGGUUGUCAACAAAAUUCACCAGCCAAAAAAACUGGCCUUUUGAAUGUUGGAAUCAUAAUCUUACGAAUCCACUAUCCGCCGCGUCUUGUUGCUAUUCUCGGCUCUGUCAGGCAGCCCGCCACAUCUUUGGUAGAUGAGCAUUAUCGGCUUCUCCUGAUUCAUCAUGUCGGCAUAUCCGCAAGGUGCUGGAGGAGGAGGAGGAGGAGGCGGCGGCGGCGGCGGUGCCCAGGAUCCCUACGACGAUUAUCAUCAGGGCCAUGGCGAUGCCUACUAUCAAGAUCAAGGAUAUUAUGACCAAGCCGAUUACUCCCAGCAUGGGGAUGGCUACUAUGACAGAAAUGGUUACGAUCCCAACAACCCGUACCAGCAAGACGGUUACUAUGAUAACCAAUAUGGUUAUCAAGACGAUUACUACAAUGACCAGUAUUACGACCAAGGAUCUGGCCCGUCCAACAACUGGCAGGGUGGAUAUCCCCGUCGCGGUGACUCUGAAGAGGAUUCUGAAACUUUCAGCGACUUUACUAUGCGAUCUGAGACUGCCCGCGCAGCAGACAUGGACUAUUAUGGCCGGGGAGAUGAUCGAUAUAAUAGCUAUAGCGACAGCCAGAUGGGAGGCAGAGGCUAUAGACCCCCUUCUUCCCAGAUCUCCUAUGGGGGAAAUCGAUCUUCGGGCGCCUCGACACCGAUAUACGGUGAUUACAGCAACGUCCUGCCCCCAGGCCAAAGAUCACGGGAGCCAUACCCAGCAUGGGCGUCAGACGCUCAGAUUCCCGUUUCAAAGGAAGAGAUUGAGGACAUCUUUUUGGAUCUGGUCAAUAAGUUCGGUUUCCAGCGUGACAGUAUGCGCAACAUGUACGAUCACUUCAUGACCCAGCUCGACUCCCGUGCAUCGCGUAUGACACCAAACCAGGCACUUCUUUCUCUCCAUGCGGAUUAUAUUGGAGGAGACAACGCAAACUAUCGACGGUGGUACUUCGCUGCUCACUUGGAUCUCGACGAUGCCGUCGGGUUCGCGAACAUGAAACUUGGCAAAACAAACCGCAGAACCCGCAAGGCGCGCAAGGCUGCAAAGAAAGCACAGUCGGAUCCCAACAACGAAGAGCAAGCAUUGGAGUCUAUGGAAGGCGAUAACAGUCUUGAGGCCGCCGAAUAUCGAUGGAAGACUCGCAUGAAUCGCAUGUCACAGCAUGAGAGAGCCCGUCAGAUCGCUCUGUACUUGCUUUGUUGGGGCGAAGCCAACCAGGUUCGAUUCAUGCCUGAAUGCCUGUGCUUCAUCUUUAAGUGUGCCGAUGACUACCUUCGGUCCCCGGAAUGCCAAAAUCGUGUCGAACCCGUUCCUGAAUUCACCUACCUCAACGAGAUCGUUACCCCGCUCUACCAGUAUUGUCGUGACCAAGGCUAUGAAAUUUUGGAUGGAAAAUAUGUUCGUCGCGAAAGGGACCACAACAAGAUUAUUGGAUACGAUGACAUCAAUCAACUGUUCUGGUAUCCCGAAGGUAUUGAACGUAUCAUUCUCGAGGACAAGACCAGGCUGGUUGACGUUCCACCCGCGGAACGCUAUAUGAAGCUUAAAGAUGUCAACUGGAAGAAGGUUUUCUUCAAGACGUACAAGGAAACUCGAUCUUGGUUCCACAUGCUUGUCAACUUCAAUCGCAUUUGGGUUAUGCACGUUACUGGUUUCUGGUUCUAUACAGCCUUCAACUCCAAGCCAUUGUACACCCCAAACUACGAACAGAGGUUAGACAAUCAACCUAAGGCUGCCGCGACAUGGUCUGCAGUGGGCCUUGGAGGGGCGAUUGCGUCGCUGAUUAUGAUCGGUGCAACACUUGCAGAGUGGGCAUACGUCCCAAGACAAUGGGCUGGCGCUCAGCAUUUGACAAAACGAUUGCUCUUCUUGAUCGUGGUCUUCGUGAUAAAUUUGGGACCGAGCGUCUACGUUUUUGGAAUCCGUCAGGAUGACAAGAUAGCCCUAGUCCUGGGUAUCGUCCAGUUCUUCAUAGCAUUGGCAACAUUUAUUUUCUUCUCCGUCAUGCCACUUGGUGGACUUUUUGGCAGUUACCUGACAAAGAAUUCCCGACGAUACGUUGCUAGUCAGACUUUCACAGCCAGUUUCCCUCGUCUUCGUGGAAACGAUAUGUGGAUGUCGUACGGUCUCUGGGUAUGCGUGUUCACCGCAAAGUUCGUUGAGUCUUACUUCUUCUUGACUCUUUCCAUCAAAGACCCAAUCCGAAUCCUGUCGAUCAUGACGAUACAUCGGUGUGCCGGUGACGCUAUUCUUAAGGAUAUCCUCUGUAAAUACCAGCCCAAGAUCCUCCUGGGCUUGAUGUUAUUCACUGAUUUGGUGUUGUUUUUCCUCGACACUUAUCUGUGGUACAUCAUCUUGAACACGAUCUUCUCCGUUGCACGUUCCUUCUACCUCGGUGUGUCAAUCUGGACUCCCUGGCGAAAUAUAUUCUCCCGCCUCCCAAAACGUAUCUAUUCGAAGGUCCUUGCAACUACCGACAUGGAAAUCAAGUACAAGCCAAAGGUUUUGAUAUCCCAAAUAUGGAACGCCGUGGUCAUCUCCAUGUACCGCGAACACUUGUUGGCCAUCGAUCAUGUUCAGAAACUGCUCUAUCACCAGGUCCCAUCCGAACAGGAGGGCAAGCGGACUCUACGUGCUCCAACCUUCUUUGUUUCUCAGGAAGAUCAUUCGUUUAAGACCGAGUUUUUCCCCUCUCAGAGUGAAGCGGAGCGUCGUAUCUCCUUUUUCGCACAAUCCCUUUCCACCCCGAUCCCGGAACCGGUUCCCGUGGACAACAUGCCGACUUUUACAGUGCUCAUUCCCCAUUAUAGCGAGAAGAUCCUCCUAUCGUUGCGAGAGAUUAUCCGCGAAGAUGAACCCUACUCUCGCGUGACACUUUUGGAGUACUUGAAACAGCUUCACCCACAUGAAUGGGACUGCUUCGUGAAGGACACCAAGAUUUUGGCAGACGAGACCUCGCAAUUCAACGGCGAGUACGAGAAGAGCGAGAAAGACGCAGCCAAGAGCAAAAUUGACGACCUUCCAUUCUACUGUAUCGGUUUCAAAUCGGCCGCUCCUGAGUAUACUCUGCGCACUCGUAUCUGGGCAUCACUCCGUUCUCAGACCCUGUAUCGUACAAUUUCCGGUUUUAUGAACUAUAGUCGCGCGAUCAAGCUUCUCUACCGUGUGGAAAACCCCGAAGUUGUUCAAAUGUUUGGCGGAAAUUCUGAAAAAUUGGAACGCGAAUUAGAACGGAUGGCUCGUCGAAAAUUCAAGAUCUGUGUCUCCAUGCAACGAUACGCGAAAUUUAGCAAGGAAGAGCGCGAGAACACGGAGUUUUUACUUCGUGCAUACCCUGACCUCCAAAUUGCAUAUUUGGACGAAGAACCUCCAGUCAACGAAGGUGAAGAGCCACGUUUGUAUUCUGCACUCAUCGAUGGUCAUUCGGAAAUUAUGGAGAACGGCUUACGGCGACCGAAAUUCCGGAUUCAACUUUCUGGCAACCCUAUUCUUGGAGACGGUAAAUCUGAUAAUCAGAACCACGCUAUUAUCUUUUACCGCGGCGAAUAUGUUCAGCUUAUUGAUGCCAAUCAGGACAACUAUCUGGAAGAAUGUCUUAAGAUUAGAAGUGUUUUGGCUGAGUUCGAAGAGAUGACCACGGACAACGUUUCCCCUUAUACUCCUGGCUUACCUCCAACAAAAACCAAUCCCGUUGCUAUCCUUGGAGCUCGUGAAUAUAUUUUCUCGGAGAAUAUCGGUAUCCUCGGUGAUGUGGCUGCUGGAAAAGAACAAACAUUCGGUACCCUGUUCGCGCGUACUAUGGCUCAGAUCGGUGGUAAAUUGCACUAUGGACAUCCUGACUUUUUGAAUGGUAUCUUCAUGACAACUCGUGGUGGUGUUUCCAAAGCUCAGAAAGGUUUGCACCUCAACGAAGAUAUCUACGCUGGCAUGAACGCACUUCUUCGUGGCGGUCGUAUCAAGCACUGUGAAUACUACCAGUGCGGUAAAGGUCGUGACCUUGGUUUCGGAUCCAUUCUGAACUUCACCACUAAGAUCGGAACCGGUAUGGGAGAGCAAAUGUUGUCGCGAGAGUAUUACUACUUAGGGACCCAAUUGCCUCUUGACCGGUUUUUCUCCUUCUUCUACGCCCACCCCGGUUUCCACAUCAACAACCUGUUCAUCAUGCUUUCAGUCCAAAUGUUCAUGAUCUGUCUUAUCAACUUGGGAGCUCUGCGACAUGAGACCAUUCCUUGUGUCUACAAAAAGGGUGUGCCGAUUACCGAUCCUUUGAAGCCAACUGGUUGCGCCGACAUCAAUCCGGUUCGUGACUGGGUCCAGCGUUGCAUUGUCUCAAUUUGUAUCGUGUUCUUGAUCUCUUUCGUUCCAUUGGUGGUUCAGGAGUUGACCGAAAGAGGAUGCUGGCGUGCUGCCACCCGUUUGGCAAAACAUUUUGGUUCAUUCUCCCCGCUCUUCGAGGUCUUCGUGUGCCAGAUUUAUGCCAAUUCUCUGCACAACAACUUGUCAUUCGGUGGUGCUCGAUAUAUCGGUACAGGAAGAGGUUUUGCGACUGCUCGUAUUCCAUUUGGAGUGUUGUAUUCUCGUUUCGCGGGCCCAUCCAUCUACCUCGGUGCCAGAUCGUUGAUGAUGUUACUCUUCGCAACGGCAACAGUCUGGGCUGCAUGGCUUCUGUACUUUUGGGCAUCGCUUUUGGCCCUUUGCAUUUCGCCAUUUUUGUUUAACCCCCACCAGUUUGCCUGGAAUGAUUUUUUCAUCGACUAUCGCGACUACUUGCGUUGGCUGUCUAGAGGCAAUUCACGCUCACACGCCUCGUCCUGGAUCGCUUUCUGCCGGCUUUCCCGUACUCGAAUCACCGGCUACAAGCGUAAAGUGCUUGGUUCCCCUUCAGAGAAACUUUCUGCCGAUGCACCAAGGGCACACCUGUCUAAUAUCUUCUUCAGCGAGAUCGUUGGGCCGCUGGUCCUUGUCGCUGUUACGCUUAUUCCGUAUCUAUUUAUUAAUGCUCAGACCGGAGUGCAAGACAACCCCAAGCCUACUAAUUCACUGAUUCGUGUCGGUAUUGUUGCAUUGGCACCAAUUGCUAUCAACGCCGGUGUCCUUGCUGCGCUCUUUGGAAUGGCUUGUUGCAUGGGUCCGAUUUUAAGCAUGUGCUGCAAGAAAUUUGGUUCUGUUCUUGCAGCGAUUGCCCAUGGUGUUGCUGUUAUUGCUCUCUUGGCUCUCUUUGAGGUCAUGUUCUUCCUUGAAGGGUGGUCGUUCCCGAGGGCUCUCAUAGGAAUGAUCGCGGCCACUGCCAUUCAGCGAUUUGUCUUCAAGCUGAUCAUUUCCCUUGCGCUAACGAGAGAAUUCCGGCAAGACUCCUCCAAUAUCGCAUGGUGGACUGGAAAGUGGUACAACAUGGGCUGGCAUUCGAUCUCUCAACCCGGUCGCGAGUUCCUUUGCAAAAUUACUGAACUCGGGUUGUUCGCUGCCGACUUCAUUCUCGGUCAUGUACUUUUGUUCUUUAUGCUUCCCGCACUUUGCAUCCCAUUCGUCGACAAGUUCCAUUCAGUCAUCUUGUUUUGGUUGCGCCCAAGUCGUCAAAUUCGCCCUCCGAUCUACUCUCUGAAGCAAUCUAAACUUCGAAAGCGCAGAGUUAUCCGCUUUGCCAUUCUUUACUUCCUGAUGCUCAUCCUUUUCGUUAUCUUGAUUGCAGGGCCAUUAAUUGCGCGUCGCUUCAUCACCGAAUUCCCGGACAUCCCCUUUGAUCUACUGCAACCUAUUAAUCAGGAUAAUGAUGACACCACAAAUGAAGAAACAGGUUCUGGUUUACCAGACAUGGCGUCGGCCACAGCCCGGAUGAUGUUGCUUUGAACGUGAGAAUACAUGUGCAUCUAUGAUUCCCAACAUUGUUUAAGAUGCUUCAGUGUAUAACUAGGGUGUCAAUACCGCCUUUCUGAAAUUUUGCUGUGUCUCCCUUGAUUAAUGAACGGCACUGUCAUCUUUUUUUCUCCACUAAAUCUCCUACUUUUGUGAAUUGUUGGUGUUGGAAGGGCUAGUUAUCUGCGGGGCCAAUGACAACCUUUUAGAACCUCUUUUUUUUAUUAUUCUCUUUUCCUUCCCUAGUAUCAAUGUCCCGUGAAAAAUACCUUUCAUGAUGUGUUUUGCAGGCCAUCAGUGUCUCAGGCUGCUAGCAUGCAACCGUGACAAUGUGUGAAAUGCGUGUUGCCCCUUUUCUCCAUCCUGCAGAUGUAUAUUGUCAGAAAGGCCUGCCUGGGGUAUGUUAUUUUCCCCUUUUGUGCAAAGUUAUAGAGUGUAAUGAAAUACUUUUAGGUUGUUAAUAUGAAUGUGGUGAUGCUCUCGA